AUGACUGCCUCCGACAACCAAUACACCACCAUCAUCAAGCCCCAGCAAGACGAGGCCCCAGUGCCUUUCCCUGCUCCAACUCUUACUGGCACUGCCUUCGAGAGAUUCAGCAUGGCCGGUAAGGUCACCGUCAUCACCGGUGCCGCCGGCUCCAUUGGCGGUGCGCUUGCCGACGCCUUUGCCUCUGCCGGUUCUCAUGUUGCCAUCAUGGACUUCAGAUACAACCCUACCAUCGACAAGACCUUGUCCGAGAAGUACGGAGUUAAGGUCCAGUCGUACACCGUCGACGUGACCAACGCCGGCCAGGUGCAGAAGACCGUGCAGGACAUCGAGGCCGACUUCGGCACCAUCGACACCUUCAUUGCCAACGCAGGUGUUGUAUGGACCACCGGCUCCAUCUUGAACGAGGCCAGCACCUACGAAGAGUGGGCCCGUGUCUUCAACGUCAACGUCCACGGUGUGUUCAACUGCGCCAAGAGCGUCGGUGAGGUUUUCAAGAGAAAGGGCAAGGGCUCGCUCAUCAUGACCGCGUCCAUUUCCGGCCACAUUGUCAACGUGCCAAACUACCAGACCGGCUACAACGCGUCCAAGGCCGCCGUCGUGCACAUGGGUAAGUCCUUGGCUGUCGAGUUUGCCGGCUUUGCCCGUGUCAACACCGUGUCGCCAGGUUACACGGACAGCGGCUUGUCUGACUUUGUUCCUACCGAGCAGCGUGCCAAGUGGUGGGGCUUGACGCCUUUGGGCAGAGAGGCCCAGCCCGAGGAGUUGGUCGGUGCCUACAUGUACUUGGCCUCUGACUUGGCUUCUUUCACCACGGGUACGGACAUCCAGGUGGACGGUGGCUACUGUGCCGUCUAA